AAAAGCUAAGCUCCAUCAUUCGGUAUCGAACGGUAUCAAUGACCAGUUUGUUGCAGUGACGACGGUCGGGAGCAAUACAUUUCUCCAUAGUUUGUUAUCCGGUUGGUGUAACAGUGAGAAAAAUCUGCUUUGCAGAUUUAUCUGAACGUGGAUUGUUCGAUUUCCACUUAUUAUCCGCGAUACGGUUCUUUAAUACUACGAAAAGUCGAUACGCAAUCAGUGAAGUGAAAAUAAAUUCGUUUCAAUAACAAACGAAGAAAAGUCCCUGGAGGAUAGUGCGAGUAGAAUAGUUAAUUACGACGGUCAUAGGAAAAAGAUAUCGAUUUGCUGAUAUAGUGUAUGCAGAGCCAGUGUUAGAAAAUCGAACUAGCAGUGCUGGGGAUUACCAUUGAGUGAUCACAUCGAAAGGAAAUAAUUCCACUCGACUGAGAGCCUUCGAGAUAGAACCUGCAAGAUGGGCGACCACGGCCCGGAUAUGAACACACUGGAAACUGAUUAUGUCGUUUUGGUUUCAGUGGUGCCAGCAGUUUUGGGAUUGACAGCGGCCGCCAUCCUGGCAGUGACGGCCUGUUUCUGUGCCCGACGGAUUCGACGUCAGAAAAAGAAGGCCGGUCAUGAAGUUUCCUCGCUACCAUUCCAGCCACCGAGACCACCAAGGGCCGUUCGCUCUCCAAGUGGACAACCCCCGCAAUAUCUGAAGAAAUCGCCUUCUCCAACGGGUAUCAAACCCCCACCUGGCGGUCAUCUACCGGCACAAUCUCCCACUGAGCAGAGUUGCAUUCCGACGAACGCCACCGCUCCCAUAACGACGACCACCACCAAAUACAGCGAGGAGAAUGAGCUGACACCCAAAAAGGUUCAGCUGGAACCGAAAUCACCAGACGUCGACCAUUUGGAUGGCAACGAAAACGAAACCGAAUACGGAAAGCUGGGUUCCAUUGUCUUUAAGCUCCGGUAUUUGGCCGACCGUAGCGCUCUGGUUGUAUCCGUAGUUCGCUGCCGGGGAUUACCGGGAAAAAAUCAUGGGUCCACCACCACCGAUCUGACCGCCCUGCCAGCUGGUCCCUUGUGCAACGGAAAUGGCAAUGUCAAGCAGUCGGCAACCGAUCCAUAUGUCAAGCUGCAAUUACUCCCGGAUAAACAACACAAGGUCAAAACCAGGGUGGUUCGUAAUACGCGCAAUCCAGUUUACGAUGAGGACUUCACAUUCUACGGAUUGACCUUAGUCGAAUUGGCUGGAAUGUCCUUGCACUUUGUCGUGUUGAGCUUCGAUCGAUACAGUCGGGAUGAUGUCAUUGGAGAAGUAGUUUGCCCUCUCAGCGGAAUCGACCUGCAGCAAAUCGAGAACCAACAGGUGGCCCUGAGCCGGGAGAUACAACCAAGAAGUUUGAAGAUCCGUGCUCAAGGUCGUGGAGAACUGUUGAUUUCACUCUGCUGGCAACCGGCCGCAGCCCGAUUGACGGUUGUUCUGCUAAAGGCUCGCAAUCUCCCUCGGAUGGAUGUAACAGGAUUGGCCGAUCCGUACGUCAAGAUCUACUUGCUGUACAACGGACAAAGGAUCGCCAAGAAGAAGACCCACGUCAAGAAGCGAACACUGAGUCCGGUGUUCAACGAGAGCUUUGCGUUCGACAUUCCGUCGACUGAGGGCGCUGGAGCUACGCUGGAGGGAGUUUCCCUGGAACUGAUGCUGCUGGAUUGGGAUCGGGUAACGAAGAACGAAGUCAUCGGUCGUCUUGAGCUGGGCGGACCAAGAAGCACCGGGUCGGCACUAAACCACUGGAAGGAGGUAUGCAAUUCACCUCGCAGGCAGAUUGCAGACUGGCACAAGCUGAGAGAGUAAGGAUGGUAAGGAUGGUUUUAGUUAAAGCUGUACAAAUUCCCGGUGGGGGAACACAUGAUUUGAUAUGAUUUAGUUAAUCUCUUGAUUCCUCACUUCAUUCCUUGGGAAUGGACUGAUGUUGCUGCAGUACUGAGUUACAAAUAUCGAGUUAUUAAAUUCUGACUGUUAUACUACUGGGCAAAAAACUAGGCUUUUAUAGUUUGUUAAAAACUGAUAGGAAAGGUGAUUACGUGGAAUAAUCCACAGCGAAACCUAUAUCUGCGAAAAAGAGGAAAAGUUUUCAGUACCAACUAACUAUAUAACCAACUCUUCAGAACAUUGUAAUCACCAGAGAGUAUAAAAAAAUGAAAUCACAGAUCAAGCUAUAACAGACAUUCCAUCAGAAAAUCAGAUAAAAGAACUGCAAGAAUUCCAUAAAAAUCAUUACAUAAAUGGGGCGGCAACUGAAGACAAAAUAAAAACCAAUCUCAAUUGAUCGAAUGGAUAUAAGAUAUGUGCCAGCUUAGAGAAUUCAAUACGGCUGAAGCAUUAUGCCCUUUUUGUAGGAUGGGCGAACAAUGACAGCAUUACCAGCAACCAGAAAUGAAAAAUACUGAAACAUUCGAAAAUGCGUAGAUGUGUGUACAAUAUAGUUAUAAACAGUGAGAAUACAGAAGAGUUUGCUACAUAGGCACAACAGUUUACGAACUAUCGUAAAAUAAAAACACAGAUACAAACAGCACUUGAAAAAAAAAAACGCGAAACGCAGCACCACAAAUCAAGCUUACAAGUAGAGGCAAAGAUGAUAUAUAAAUCCAGCAGAAAACAAAGUCAGAU